AUGGCCUCCCUACACUACCUCCCUCCCGUCAAGCCCUCUGCCAUCGCCCUCGGCACGGCCUUCAACCACGCCGUCUCCCUCGCUGUCCUCGGCCCCGUCUUCGGUGACGCAUACCGCCGCGCACAGCAGGCCAACUCCAAGGAGGAGUACUUCCACAGCAAGGAGGCCGCUACCGCCGCCGCAUCGUGGGGCAGCUCCGUCCUCGGCUCUGGUAUCCAGGCCUACGGUGUCGGUGCUCUGAUCAACGCUACCGGAACUCUCACCUACAAGGGUGCUGCUUACCUCGGCUCCCUGAUCUUCUUCGCCUCCGCCGCUCCCUCCAUUGUCUCCCAGGUCGUCACCGAGAAGCGCCCCAUGGACACCAUCGCCAUUGGUGCUCUUGCCCGCGUCCUCGAGACCGUCGGUCUCAGCAUGUUCCUCACCUACUGGGGAACCCGCACCAACCCCUUCGACUAA